CGUGCUUCCAUGGUGAGUUCUAGGGCCGCUGUUCCAUGGCAUUAUUUGCGCAGCUAGGGGCGAUCCGCUGAUCGCCUCGAUCGACUGUUGCGGCAGAUGGAUCCUGCCAGGUGGAGGCUGAGAAUUCUUGCGGUUUUGAGCUGCUGCUGCUGCUGGAUUUCGUUUUGUUGCGGAUCUAUCCAUCGCUACCAGCUGAGCCCCUUCAAGCCGUGGGACAAUGGCUACACUUUCUUCGGAGGCAGCGAGGGAUUGUAUGCGAGCGGGAAGUCUCCGUCACAUAUCAACUUCAACGUCCAGUUUAGACGAACCGUGGAGUCGGCUGCGAGGCACGAGACGAUGGAGCACAGCACAGGUCUAGUCGAGGCACUCCUUUUCACGCUCGAGGAUCGUGACUUCAUCGGAGUCACAAACUCCACCGGCGAGAGGAUGCUGUGCUGCACUCCCGAGGCCUCCAAGCUCUCGAAUUGCCGCAUUGGCGAGGUGAUACUUCGCAAGCGUGAAAACGGCUGGCCGAAGACCUUCCAGACGUCCUUCCAAGGCAACAAGCUUGUAAACAGCUUCUCCGAGGACGUGAACGUGACCGAGACUGGGCUCUACACGCUCUACUUCGUCUUCUGCGAGCCACAGCUCCAAGGCUUGCAGAUUCGCGGCAGAACGAUAUGGCAGAGUCCCACAGGCUUUCUUCCGGGGAGGAUGGCGCCGCUCCUCAAGUUCUACGGCUACAUGUCGCUCGCCUAUCUCGUCCUGGGAGUGAUCUGGUUCAUCCAGUAUGCGCGCUUCUGGAGAGACAUCCUCCAGCUCCAGAACUGUAUCAGCGUGGUGAUCUUCCUGGGACACGCAGAGAUGGCUUUGUGGUACUUCGACUACGCCAACUUCAAUGCAACGGGGCGGAGGCCGAUGGGGAUCACCGCCUGGGCCGUGACCAUCGGAGCCAUGAGGAAGACGGUGUCUCGGCUCUUGGUGCUCAUAGUUUCUAUGGGAUACGGGGUGGUGAAACCGACGCUGGGUGGGAUCACGAGCAAGGUGUUGCUGUGCGGUGGGGCGUAUUUCGUUGCGAUCGAGACGUUGGAGCUGGCGGAGAACGUCCAACGAGUGGAUGAUUUCUCCAACAAGGAGAAGUUACUUCUGGUGCUUCCAGUGGCGAUCAUCGAUGCGUUAUUCAUACUCUGGAUUUUUUCCUCGCUGUCCAAGACUCUGGAAAGCCUACAGGCAAAGAAGCAAACCGCUAAACUGGAACUGUACAAGCGCUUCACCAAUUUUCUUGCAUUAGCAGUCAUAGCAUCAAUAGUUUGGAUUGGUUACGAGUUCUACUUAAAAUCUACAGAGGCAUACAACAUCCAGUGGCAAAAUGCGUGGGUGGUUUUAGCGUUUUGGAUAGUUCUGUCUUAUGUCAUGCUCUGCGUGAUUUGCUACCUAUGGAAGCCAUCACAAAACUCCACAAGGUAUGCCUACUCGGAGGAACUUGGCGAAGACUGUGAUCCCGAGGAAGCAAUCCAGCUUACUAGCAAUACGGAUUCAUCAAAUGGUCGCUUGAACGGUUCUGUAGAGAAAAAGAACACUGAGAUAGACGUCUUCACACUUGGAACAGUUGGAGAAGAAGAUAAACGAGACUAAUGCAAUUCAAAAAAUCAUUGUUAUUUUGAUAA